UGCCACAGUCUCUUUGAUUUCGUCUUCCCCACACGAGCUAUCACCUGCUCGGUGUCCCGUUAGAUUCUUUGCUUCUCGGGUUGGGGUGAAGUAAAAGUCCCAUCUAGGAGGACCAAUUCCAUUGCAAUUCUUGGACCACUGCAAGAGAGUUGAGUUGCGUUUGACAGUUGAGUUCGUCAUCAUAACUCAUAGCUCAGGUGAUAGAAAUGGCUUACGUUCCAGGAGGGUUGGGUAAGGGCACUGACGGGAUGACGGAGUUCCAGGAGAAGAUGCGGCAGCAGCUGGAGAGCUCCUUGCACUCGGAGCUGGACAAGCUGGUCACCACCGGCAAGGGCAACGAUGCUAAGGUGGCCCAGAAGGACUUUGAGGGCUUCAAGAAGCUCUUCCACAGGUUCCUGCAGGUGAAGGGCCCCUCGGUGGAUUGGGCCAAGAUCCACAGGCCCCCAGAGGAAUCCAUCCAGCCGUACGAGCGGAUCGCUGCCAAGGGGCUGCCGGAGGGCAUCCCGGAGAAGGAGGCCCUGAACAAGCUGGCGGUGGUCAAGCUCAACGGAGGCCUGGGCACCAGCAUGGGCUGCAAGGGCCCCAAGAGUCUCAUCAGCGUCCGCAACGAGAACACCUUCCUGGACCUGACCGUGCAGCAGAUCGAGCACCUGAAUAAGACCUACAACGCAGACGUGCCUCUGGUCCUCAUGAACUCCUUCAACACGGACGAGGACACCAAGAAGAUCCUGCAGAAGUACACCCACCACCGCGUCAAGAUCCACACCUUCAACCAGAGCAGGUAUCCGCGCAUCAACAAAGAGUCGCUGUUGCCCGUGGCGACCGACCUGGGCCUGACGGGCGAGAACGCGGAGGCCUGGUACCCGCCGGGUCACGGCGACAUCUACGCCAGCUUCCACAACUCGGGCCUGCUGGACCAGCUCAUCGCCCAGGGCAAGGAGUACAUCUUCGUGUCCAACAUCGACAACCUGGGCGCCACCGUGGACCUGCACAUCCUGCACCACCUCAUCAGCCAGCCCGCCGACCGCCGCUGCGAGUUCGUCAUGGAGGUCACCGACAAGACCCGCGCCGACGUCAAGGGCGGUACACUCACCCAGUACGACGGCAAGCUGCGUCUGCUGGAGAUCGCCCAGGUGCCCAAGGCCCACGUGGACGAGUUCAAGUCCGUCACCAAGUUCAAGAUCUUCAACACCAACAACCUGUGGAUCUCCCUGCCCGCCAUCAAGCGGCUGCAGGACAAGAACGCCCUGGACAUGGAGAUCAUCGUCAACCCCAAGACACUGGACGGCGGUCUGAACGUGAUCCAGCUGGAGACGGCGGUGGGCGCGGCCAUCAAGAGUUUCGACAACGCGCUGGGCAUCAACGUGCCGCGCAGCCGCUUCCUGCCGGUCAAGACCACCUCCGACCUGCUGCUGGUCAUGUCCAACCUGUACAGCCUGGACGCCGGCUCGCUCACCAUGAGCCCCAAGCGCGAGUUCCGCACCACGCCGCACGUCAAGCUGGGCAGCUCCUUCACCAAGGUCCAAGACUACCUGAAGAGAUUUGAGAGUAUACCAGACAUGCUGGAGUUGGAUCACUUAACAGUGUCAGGAGACGUCACAUUUGGAAAGCAAGUCGCCCUCAAGGGCACCGUCAUCAUUAUAGCCAAUCACGGAGACCGGAUCGAUAUCCCUGCAGGAGCGAUGCUGGAGAACAAGAUCGUGUCCGGUAACCUGCGCAUCCUCGACCACUGAGGUCGUCUUUGCAGCGACGAAGACGAGAAACCAACCAACCAAACAAGCAAACAUCACCACAACAACAACAACAAAUUCAACCACACACACGCAGCAGUUCUACGAUCACAAUGACCCUAAACACCCAGAUACCACCGCCCCCUGUGUGUGUGUGUGUGUGUGUGUGUGUGU